UAAUCUCGCGAUUCUCUCGUGUGUGUAUGUGUGUAUCUACGUAUAUAUAUAUGUAUAUUUAAUAUAUAACUAUACUGCGUGACGCGCAACAACGUCGUCGCCAUGCAGUUUUAACGACGCCGUUUCCUUCGCUUCUUCGCUUAUCCCUCCAUUGGACGAGAUUGGAUCUACCAUCACUUCUGAUAUUAAGCUCCAGCUGGAUUUUCGAAGAUCGCUGAAGGGAACAGCGAAUUCAUCGUAGUGAAUUACAAUUAGAAACGUACGACACUUUUGCCGACGUAAAUUCGUAAUUAGAUGAGUCGUAAAUCGAUUUCGACCCCGUCUUUCCUGCAACGUUUAGCUCCGCGGGAGUGUCGAGUUACCGAAGUUCACGAACUGACAUUGACGAGUGUCGACGAACUCGCUGACGUUGAAUUCGCAGGCGGAAGGGCUCUCGGAGAUCGAUCAAGAUUCCUUUCCAAUCCGGGUUCACGCGGUCUUCGAAUCGACACCGACGAGCUCGUGGUCCCUGAGAUAGCUAAUUGUAAGACGAGUUUGAGAUAGCGUAGAGACGAGAGACGAGAGUGCAAACACGGCAAACCGGAGUAUCGGCGAUCGGCGCGUGUCUGCUGUUUUUCUGCUGUUUCCCCGGCAAGCCGCACUGCGUGGAGCACGUGCGAACCGCGAGGCCAAGAGAAGUGCACUAUCGAUCGCGUCCAAUCUCGAGGAGCGUGUCCUUCUCGUUAGCGCGAUAUUCAGCCGGCCGGCAUAGGAGGAGACCUGACAUUUCGCAAAUGUCAACCGCGCUCGCUGGCGUAACUUCCGCGUAAUCGGAGCGUGGCUGAUGGACGAUAAGAGACCAAUUCGUGCUUUCCGUGCCGAAACCGUGCCAUAUUCCGUUUCUCGUUCCCUUUCUUCCGCGACGUAUCGAAAGUGACGGGACGCGUCGAGAGCGAUGGCUCGAGACACGUGAUUCUAAGGACAGAUUGUAAGCUAAAAAGACUCGACGUCUCCGAUUCCUGGGAUUCCAAGAAAGCGACGAUAUCUCGUCAUGGAUUGGAUGAGGAGGCAGGACGUCAAGGAGGAGCCGCAAGAAGCUCCUAACACUUUGACGCCGGAAGACGACGACGAGUGUUACUUCGAGGAAGACGCGUCGAUAGACGAGGGAAUGGGUCUUGACAAUGUGAGCUCGGCGACCCUCAGGCCCUUUAACUCGGACAUCAACACGCCGAGGAUCGACAGCUACAGAUUCUCCAUGGCGAAUCUCGAAGAUUCUCAGGAUGUCGACCUGGACGCGAUUCUCGGUGAAUUGUGCGCUUUGGAGCGACGUUGCGACGGCGACAUCGCCGCCACUCCUGCGGCAGAUUCACAAAGGCCAGGACGACCCACCAGCGCAAGGAUCAAUCCGGGCGACAGCACUGACAUCAAAAAUGAAGGAGGUAUGCGCACUGAUAGUCCCGAUAACGACAGUGCGUUUUCGGACACGGUGUCCAUGCUGUCCAGCGAAAGUUCGGCAAGUAGUAGCGGUUCCGGACACAAGCCACCUCAGACCGCCAUGCACACAGCUCCUCAGCAACAACCACACCAACUUGUCGAUGCAGCGAGUAGAGCGAAGGCAGAGAAGAUCCGCCUGGCACUGGAGAAGAUGCGCGAGGCGAGCGUACAGAAGCUCUUCAUCAAAGCGUUUACGUUGGACGGCAGCGGUAAAAGCCUCCUGGUCGACGAAGGGAUGAGCGUCGCACACGUGUGUAGGUUGCUCGCGGACAAAAACCACGUGCCAAUGGAUCCAAAGUGGGCCGUGGUCGAGCACUUGCCCGAUCUCUUCAUGGAGAGGGUUUACGAGGACCACGAAUUGUUGGUGGAAAAUCUACUGCUGUGGACCAGGGAUUCCAAAAACAAGUUGCUUUUCGUCGAGAGACCGGAUAAAACACAGCUAUUUCUCACGCCCGAGCGAUUCCUUCUCGGUCCCACAGAUCGCGGCGGCGGCGAGUACGACGACCACUCGAGAAAUAUCCUACUGGAGGAGUUCUUCUCGAGCAGCAACGUCGGCGUGCCCGAGGUCGAGGGUCCGCUGUACUUGAAAUCGGACAGCAAGAAGGGCUGGAAGAGGUAUCACUUCAUUCUACGAGCUUCUGGUCUUUAUUAUUGGCCCAAGGAAAAAGCGCGCACCGCUCGAGAUCUCAUCUGCCUGGCGACUUUCGACGUUAAUCAGGUUUAUUAUGGCGUUGGUUGGCGAAAAAAAUACAAGGCGCCCACAGAUUUCUGCUUCGCCGUGAAGCAUCCACGGCUGCAACAGCCUAAAUCCACCAAGUACAUCAAAUUCCUCUGCGCGGAGGAUAACGCGUCCUUGGAGCGAUGGAUGGUUGGCAUCCGCGUGGCAAAGUACGGCAGGCAGCUGAUGGAGAACUAUCGGGCGCUCGUAGACGAACUGGCGCAGGAAGAUCUGGACUUGUUAGCACACGCCAGAUCGUGUUCGGUCAGUUCUAUCGCUACCCCGCCGAAUCAGACCCAGUAUAACACGACGAAUGACAACGCUAGGCAGUUUGCGGAGAAUGUGAGGCACAGCAACGAAACGGUAGUCGCCACGACGAGGCAAUAUGACGGACAAAGACAGAGUUAUAAUCCGGAACAACGGCAGAGCUACAACAAUGACGGCAGGCUGAGCAGAGCGAGCAGCUCCAGCUCUAGCGGAUGCCUGUCUGAUGGGGCACCGAGUAGUUGUGAGGUGGCUUUCGAAUGCGGUGAGUUUCCAACCGGCACGAUAAAGCGGAAGCCGUCUAUGAAUCCGAAGUUGCCCCUCACGUCGAUUACGAGGCAAUUGAAAGAGGUCGGCGAAACCGUUCGAGACGAGCCGGACUCCUGUCCAAGUCCGACGAGCUCGGGAUCCGGUACGCUGACUAGGAGGCACAGUCGUCGGCGAAGCGGCACUGAUUCUGACGGAUCCGGAACGUUGAAGAGACAUCAUAGAUCUGGAAACGCGACGCCCGUUAGUCCAGUACCUCCCGGCACGCCGGUGAGGGAAAGAGCGAGCCCUAUGGGAUACAGCAGAUCGGAAAGUCAAGAGUCGAAGACACCGACGAGUCCGAUACAAGUGUGCAUGAUGGAUUCAAUUACCUCACUGCCACCACCACCGUCGCCAUCAAGAGUCGCCGAGGAAAUCGAGUCUGACAGCGAGCCGCUUCCGCCGCCACCCCCCGAGAUGUUCCGCUCGAAUCUCUCACUAGACUCUCUGCCGCCGCCGCCGGCACCCGGUGAACUUCCGGUUUGCAAUACGCCGGAGCUCACGGGCUCCUCGUUAAGUCUCGCGUCUCUACCGCCACCGCCCAGCCCGCUUGUCGGCGAGACCGGAACGAUACGUCGCGCCAGACCCAAGCAGUCCACCCCUACGAACUCUGUGACUCCCGAGAGCACUCCUACGCAUACUCCCAAUCCCAGGUCGCAGUCCAAUCAAAUAUAUACAAAUAGUAUCGCGCUGAACAGCAACUCGGUCCAGAAUUACAAUUCGAAUGCAUCUCCAAAUGUUCAUAAUGCGAACAACACCGCCAAUUCCGUAUCUUCACCGCACAGUUCCUAUCCAGGAUCGACGGCGAGCACGCCGACCUACACUCCGAACUCGCCUAAUUUCACAUCGCCACCGCCCUUCGUGCCACCGCCGGCUUAUGGUACUCAGCCGCCACACACCAAUUCCCAGAGUCUCGGCCGGCAAAAUUCCAAGGUCGAAUCGAUAUACCAGUCCGGUCAUCACAACACGAUCCAGACGAUCAGGCCAAAUCCCAAUAUGGACACCGUCCGACGUAGCGCUAUGAAACAAGGAACCGGUCAUUACGCGGCGCCGCCUUAUCUGGCCGAAUUGAAGGCCGCUUCCAGUCCGCAGCCGCAACGACGAGUGACCAUUCAAGAACCACCGACGUCGCCCAAGUCGAAGACCGGAACCGGCAAGAAGAUCUCAUUUAAUCUACCACCUCAACAGGAACCCGGCAGUCCUGCGUUACCGCAACGAAAGCCGACGCCGCCUAGAAGAUCCGACAGCACCAGGCUCACGUCGCCGAAGAAGCUGGCGGCGUCCGACCAGGCGCCGCCAGGCGAUUUCCUCAAGGACCUCCAGAGGGUAAUGAGGAAAAAGUGGCAGGUUGCGCAGAAGUGCAAGCUGGAUUCGACGACGACGCCGCACGAGGUGCUCGGUUUUCGGGACCCGCCGCCCGCCGUGGCCGAUUACAGGGAAACCAAUGUGUCAAACUGGGUGCAGGAACACUACGGUGCGGAUAAUCUGUAUGAGAAUGUAUACGCGACGGAUCCUCACGCGCCGGUCGAGUACGCGUCCAGCCCGGCCCGGCAGACGACGGUGAGAUUCGCCGACGAGAAUCGCAGCAUGAACAUCGUCAACGCGAUUGCCGGGAAGAGGCGACCGCCACCGCCGCCGCCCAAAAGGGCCGAGACCACGCAUCUGACCACCACCAGAGCGAUGCACUGACAAUAGCAGAUAAUUCAGCCCCAUCCCGAGAGGCGAUGGUACUGCUGUCUCUGCGGCUGGUGGAAGGAAUGAGAACGGAGACGGAUGUCGGUACAUCGAGUCCAUCGCUGCUGCUAGAGAGAAUCGUCAAUGGGAGAAGAGAAACGUCUCUCCGAUAAAGAGUAGAUUGUAUGGUUUCGUUGCCGGGCUCUGUGCUGGAGAAUCGAAUGAAAAAACGAGAGAGAAGAAAUCGUUCGGACACGCACACGGAAGUUUAAAAGGAAAAUAUAUUCAGUUUCGGUUCUGAACGGCUCUUUCAGUUUGGGAAAGAACUGAAUUGACAGAAUCUAUUUAUAUGGAUGUUAAUGAGAAGAAACCGUUCAAAUUACCAGCAACAAAAUUAUAAGAAGUUUGAGAUUAUCAUGACAAAUUACAAGUGCAAGAGGAUGAAUGUCGACGAACCGUCCUUACCGGAAGUUUUUCUUGACCCGCGUAACGUAACUGUCGUUUAGAGCUGAACACGAACCGAAAGAUGAAUGAUGUAAACGCUCCUUUGAAUCUUGAAUUCGAGCCCGCGACAGAGAUUCGAUGGCGUCAUGGCCGAUCAACACAUAAGGAACACUGCCGCACAUACGAAGGAUGUGAUAUAAAUCAUAAGCAUUAUGCCCACGCGCUUUUGAUCUAAGGAUCGCGGGGAAAAAAGAGAGGAGACGAUGAGAAGCAACGCGACGGAACGCACGAUUUUUUUAGGCAGGACGUAGGGACUAACCGAUGAUUUUAUGCAGAAUCAAGGAGUUCUGCUUGUGCGUAAAUUUUAUAACCGCUAACUGCCUCGUCUGCGAUUUUCUCAAAUAUACUUGGAUGUGAUAAAUAAUAUAAAAUAAAAAAUAUAUAUGUGCGAAUAUGAUCUGUUGAAGUAUUCUCAAGUUUCAUUCAAUGAAAUAAUUAUCGGUCAAAGAAUAAUCGUGUCCGAAUAUAAUUUUUAAUAAUUUUGUCCAACACUUAAAAAAAAAGCUGAUUUGGCAUUCACUUCGAGAGAAUAUUGCUUCAAGAGUAUCGCGAAAAUAUUUUACGUGCUUUAAUAAUAAAAAUUGGAAUAAAAAUGUAAUAUAUUAUAUAUUAUAUAUAUAUUUUUUUGUCUCAAGUUUUCGCUUCUUGAAUUUUUCAAAAUAAAAGGCUUGAUGAUUCGAACUGUAUUCCCAAAGAAUAUAACGAAGGGAACGCAUAAUCUAUAACGCGUAAACCGCAACGCUCGAAGAUACGCCGAGGAAGAAAGUCGCCGCGAAGCGAAAUUGAUCUCAGCUUGAACUGGAAGCGACCCGACUUUUCGCAGCGCAAGUAUUUCAACGGUAAAGAAGACAACUUUAUCUUCUAUACGACUAGAGCGUCUUUUUCGAUCACAUCCUUGUGCAUAGGUAUAUAUGUAUAUAAACUGAUUAUGUACGCGCGUUUACAUCGUUAUAUCAACUUGGAUACUGUAUGUGUAGUUGUAUUAUACAAUCGGAACACGCUUCACGAUGUGGACACGAUGACGAGAUUUACGGUUAUCCGUACGUUCAUCGGUUGUACCCAAUAGAACUACGUGACGAUAACUUUACUCGCCCGUCGUCAGAGUGAACUGCGCGUGACGCGAGAUCUCGUUUAUGCCAUUUUCCGUUUCUUUUUCGUUGGAUAACGAAGGAAAACUGACGACGUCAUUCUGACGGAUCCAGGUGGAUCAAAUGAGAAGAAUUGCCGAAAUUCGCGCGAGUCUUUGAUGAACCGAUUAACUCUGGAGGCUAGAUAGAUAAUAACAAAUUCUUUGGAUAACUCUUUAAAUGAAGCUGCUGAAAGGAACACGCAUUUAACAAGUGUUAGUUAUCCGCUGGACCUGUUGGGUGGGCGAUUUAACUAACUCUCUUUAUCUUAUUUCAAGUAUCCGAUUCCUAGAAUUAGACGAAGAAAAAUGCGAUCUAGGUACGUGCGAUUGUCUCACGUCGCCGACCGGAGAGAAAGCGAAAUAUGCGUCGGAGCGAUCGCGACGAUCGUCGCGCUAGCCAAUGACGAGGAACAAUAUCGUGCGUAGCUUCCCGUUUGUGAUCACGAAUGGAAUCUUCAGCAACGACUAGCCGAGCCUUUUUGAAGGUCGCGUAGCUGAUGUAGUUUUAUAUCUCGAUUUGUAUCACGUUUGCAUGACUUACAUGUGAAAGUUAACGACUCUUCGGACUUACGGAGCAUUCUGUAUCGUCGAAUUUUUAUAUACGAAGAUCGGUAGCCGCUCGAGAAAGCCCGUUCGUGCGAUAUUCAACACGUAGAAAGUAUUUUGUAAGAUCAACAAAUUUUGAUACAAAUAUAUUUCGCUGUAGUUAUAUACGCGAAUAUAUGGAUAGGGAACUACAGGACUCAACGUUACGAGUAGUUCAUCGACCAGUUUUUCGAGCCAACGAACCAUUUCUAAUUUUUAAUCCUUCGAUAUUUCCGAGAAGAUCAUAUCCACGAUAAUCUAUAAUAAACAAUUUAUCUAAAGUUCAUGCUGCGUAUGUGUGCGGGAUACUAAUGCAAGUGACUUAUCGACCCGUCUUUGGUCGACAGAUCACUUUUGACAGAUCGUGCCUGCGCGCGAGAAUUUUUCAAAUUUUCUAAAAAAUACCGUGUGUGUAUGUGCGUGAGGAUUUUCCAGUUUUAUAAAGGGUUGCGUUUUUUAAUGUGCAACCAUACAAUUUUUUACGGUUUUUCACGCCGUGCCUGUGCGCGAAAAUUUUCCCAAUUUUCAAGGAGAUCCGCACGAUCUCGCACCGGACGUGCUCCCUCGAGCGAGCGCCGAAAACGAGCACGAAUCUGCGUACUGUAACACAAUCGAAUUACUUAAUAAUAAUAGCUAAAGACUAACUUAAAGUGGAACCGUCGAUGUCGAUUUAACUAUAUCCCCGCCUUACGCGCGGUUUAAUCAAACUGAACCAAUAAUAUAAAUGCAUUUUUGAGACUAAUAUAUCGACUUUACAGAGACUAAUGAUCUUUUUCAUACGAAUUUCUAAAAUAUAUUUCCCGCGAGUGCGAGUAUCAGUGCCUCUUGGAAUCAGCGCUUGGAAUGCGACUCGCGAAAUCUUAUUCUUCAAGCAAUUUGUCGAAGACAUUUCGACAGUCAGUACAUUUUAUAUUAAUUUUAUAUGAAUUAAGAUUUCAUAUUUCGGUUUCAUUUUGUGUUUUUAGACUUGAUUGUAUUUCCAUCGUGAUCUGAGAUGGAUUUACUAGCGUUCUAAUAAUUUUAUUUUUUAUUUUGAUGGAAUUUUUUUUUUUACGUUGCCAUGAAUUUGCUGCGCGGUCACGUCGCCGACUUAUUCCAAGUAAAUUGAAAGAGGGACUGGUACGGGACUUGUUCGGAAUGCUGGCGCGUGCCGAGAUAAAAACUUCUUUUGUAUCCGUACUCCUUAAGGAACUUUCGCCGAGCUGAACACUCCAGGCAAUCUGUGUAGGUAGCUUUAGUAUUCGAUGUACGCGUGCUGGCCAUCGCUUAAUUUUCGGGAUGGAUGAAUUAAUCGAUCGUCCAUUUCCAGUGAACAAUAAUUUGAUUGAAGCUUUCGCGUUGAGAUUAGUGCAAUUGGCAAUAGGAAUCUGUAGGGAACGAAGAAAGCGAGAAAGCAUAACAAUGAUUUAUUGGUUACUAACAGAAAUUAUAACAUUUUGAUUAUGGUAUACGGGGUCGGCUUAGAAGAUUAAUCAACGAUGUCGAAAUCUGUCAAGUUAAGAACAAGCGGAACAAAGAAGUCGUUCAUUGCGAAACGCGUUUUUCUUCAUUACAACAAUUUUCACGAGUAGAUUUAGCGAACGAGAAAAAUAUGUUUCUUUUUCGCAUCGAAGAAUAUUUGUACAAGAUAGGAGGGAGCUUUUUUGAGUCGGCCCUAUUUCGAUUGCAUACUCUAAGUUGUUCGUAUAAUUCUGUAAAUAUUGUGGUACACCACGAGGGAAAAUUAUUGUCGGUGAUGUUCGCACUGCCGAACAAUGAUACAAACGUGUUUUACAUACAUUGUUGCGUAGGAGAAGUGAAGUGAGUGAGGCAAGUGUGAGCCUUCGAAGGUUUUGGAAGGGAAACGAAUCUUGCGAAAGACGAAGUUUCACUGCGUUUCGUUUGGUUCAAUCAAUUGUUUCGCCUCGAGAAAAUCGCUUCGGUCAGUUAUCUCGAAGAUGAGAGACCUCGAACACUGCGUUCUCAUCGCUAUCAGAUCGAUUCGAUGUAGCUUAACAGUUAGACUCUAGGUCGUAUUGCAGGUUGUUUCGGAUACGCUCUGUGCAGGUGUGUUUAAAAAAAUUGUGACAAUACUGACAUUAUUUCGUGACCCGACGCCAGUUGUUUAGGUAUAACGCGUACCGAGCGAACAAAGAAAUGCGCAGCAGUUGAAAUAUUAUAGGUAUUAUAUUCAUGUUUUUAUGUAAAUAAAUUUUUGGUAUAUUUCAA